GCAGUGUCCAUGCUUUCUUUCAAGAAGAACUACUGUGCGCCCAUCGCCAGGAUUACCAAAUUGUUGUAAAAGUUGUAUCUGUAUAGAAGUGCAACGAUACCUUACAUUUGCAGGCAUUAACCGUGUGAGGUGAUUCAUUCUCAUCUGCAAUCAUGGCUCCCAAGGACUACAUGGCUGAGAAGGACAAGUGCAAACGAUUUCUUCAGGAGUUCUACAGUGAGGAUGACAACGGAAAGAAGGUUUUCAAAUAUGGAGCCCAGUUGGUUGCCCUGGCACACAGAGAGCAGGUGAGCCUGCUAGUGGACCUCGACGACAUCGCAGAGGAGGACCCUGAGCUGGUGGAGAGCAUCUGUGAGAAUGCCAAGCGAUACACGGGCAUCUUUGCCGACGCUGUCCAUGAACUGCUCCCAGAGUACAGGGAGAGAGAGGUGGUGGCCAAAGAUGCCCUGGAUGUGUACAUUGAGCAUCGGCUGAUGAUGGAACAGCGAGGUCGCGACCCUGCUGACACUCGUGAUGCCAGGAACCAGUAUCCAGCUGAGCUCAUGAGAAGAUUUGAGUUGUACUUCCGGCCCCCUGGCACUGCCAAGCCCAAGGUGGUACGCGACGUGAAGGCAGACAGCAUCGGCCACCUGGUGAUGGUGAGGGGUAUUGUGACCCGCGCCACGGAGGUCAAGCCCAUGAUGGCCGUGGCCACCUAUACCUGUGACCAGUGUGGUGCAGAGACCUACCAACCGAUCCAGUCGCCCACCUUCAUGCCGCUCAUCAUGUGCCCCAGCCAGGAGUGUGUCACCAACAAGUCCGGCGGUCGCCUCUACCUGCAGACAAGGGGGUCAAAGUUCAUCAAGUUCCAGGAACUCCGUAUACAGGAACAUAGUGACCAGGUGCCCGUGGGGAACAUCCCCCGCAGCAUGACCAUUUAUGCCCGCGGAGAGAACACCAGGGUGACCCAGCCGGGAGACCACGUGGCCGUGUCCGGAGUAUUCCUGCCCCUGCUCCGCAGCGGGUUCAGGCAGGCUGUGCAGGGGCUGCUGUCAGAGACCUACCUGGAGGCCCACAGCAUCACGCUCAUGAACAAGACUGAGGAUGACGAGCUGGGCAUCCAGGACCUGAGUGAGGAAGAGCUGCGUCAGAUCACAGAGGAAGAUUUCUAUGAGAAGCUGGCUGGCUCCAUCGCCCCUGAGAUCUACGGGCACGAGGACGUGAAGAAGGCCCUGCUCCUGCUGCUGGUGGGAGGAGUGGAACAGGCCCCGCGUGGCAUGAAGAUCAGAGGCAACAUCAACAUCUGCCUCAUGGGAGACCCUGGAGUGGCCAAGUCCCAGCUGCUGUCCUACAUCGACCGCCUCGCUCCACGCAGUCAGUACACGACUGGAAGGGGCUCUUCCGGCGUUGGUCUCACGGCCGCUGUGAUGCGUGACCCCCUCACCAUGGAGAUGACCCUAGAGGGCGGCGCUCUGGUGCUGGCUGACCUGGGAGUGUGCUGUAUUGACGAGUUUGACAAGAUGGCCGACGCCGACCGCACAGCCAUCCAUGAGGUCAUGGAACAGCAGACCAUCUCCAUUGCCAAGGCUGGCAUCAUGACUUCACUGAAUGCCCGUUGCUCCAUCCUGGCGGCGGCCAACCCUGCGUACGGGCGCUACAACCCCCGCAAGACCAUCGAGCAGAACAUCCAGCUCCCCGCAGCGCUGCUGUCGCGUUUCGACCUGCUGUGGCUGAUCCAGGACAAGCCUGACCCGGAGGCCGAUCUGCGGUUGGCUCAGCACAUCACCUACGUGCACCAGCACUGCCGGCAGCCGCCCACUCACUUCACCCCCAUCGACAUGAAGCUCAUGAGGCGCUACAUCUCCAAGUGCAAGAACCAGCAGCCGGUGGUGCCGGAGGCGUUGGCCGAUUACAUCACGGCGGCGUACGUGGAGAUGAGGAAGGAGGCGCGCGUCGGCAAGGACACCACCUUCACCUCCGCCCGCACCCUGCUCUCCAUCCUGCGCCUCUCCACCGCUCUGGCUCGUCUGCGUCUGGUGGAUAUGGUGGAGAAGGAGGACGUGAACGAGGCCAUGCGUCUCAUGGAGAUGUCCAAGGACUCCCUGCAGGCUGACAAGUCAUCCACCACAAGGACCCAGAGGCCCGCUGAUGUGAUCUUCUCCCUGGUGCGCGAGCUGGCGGGUGAGGGUGCCGGCGGACGAGGUGGCACUGGCGGCGUGGUGAAGCUCGGGGAGGCCGAGCAGAGGUGCGUGACGCGCGGCUUCACCCCGGCACAGUUCCAGUCUGCACUGGACGAGUACGAAGAGCUCAACGUCUGGCAGGUCAAUCAGGCUCGUACACGCAUCACCUUUGUGUAAAGGAGCUCUACCUGAACACACACACACACACACACACACACACACUCUGUGGAAGGAGAGGAGUGAUGAGGACAGGAAAUGUACAGGGCUGCCAUUUUGGAGAUCAUCUAUGGACUAAGGCGGCCAUUUUUCUUUUUUCUUUUCUUCUUUUUUUUUUCUCGUCUGUUUGCUGAAGCUCACAGAAUUCUUAAUGGAUUUGGUAGCUGGAAUUUGCCAACAUGUGAAGGGGGAGGUCAUGGGGCAACUGUGGACUUGUAAGGGAUUGUGGUUUUCUAAGUUAUCGCUGUCUGCAUUGAAUGAUUUGUCUUUCAGCCUGGAAGAAUUUAUGCUUGCUUGUAAAAUGUUUCACUUUUAAAGAAAUGUUCAAUUAUGGAAUGAAAUAAACCUUUGUGUAUACACACAA